AAUUUAAAAACAUGGAUCUCUCCUUUCUUCUUCAAUUCAUUUUACGUUACUCGUUCGUUCUUCAGAUUCGCUUCUCUUUCUUUGCAGUUCGCGAAAACCUAAUUUCAUAAUUCUGAGAUUUUGAACUCAAUCCCAAUUUCGAGAUUACUCGAAUCCACUUGAAAUUUCUCAGCUUGUUCUUUAAUUAGAGUUCUAUUAAUGGAAACGCCAUUACAAAGUUUGAGACUUUUUCUUCUCUGCUUCGUCUUCUUCUUCAUCUCUGCUUCUAUCUUCGUCGACUCACAAUCACAAGAGUCUUCCAUUACUCCUCCUCCACCACCGCCUCCGCCAUUCUUAAAUCCACCGCCGCCUCCAUUAAGGGUCGUUGAGAGUAACAAGGCGAUUCACGAGAAGCGAAGAAAAAAAUGGCGACAGAGAAGACACCAUAAACACCCACCACCGCCGCAGCAGAAGCUGAACAUGGGAAAGACGGUGGGGCUUUUCUUCGCCGCUGUAGCUGCAGCUUUGCAAGUAGUUGUUGCUGCUUUCUUGCUUUUCAAAAGAAGGCAGCUUCUCCUUAAGAUCAAUGAUAGACACUGAGUGAGAGAUUCCAAGCUUCUCCAAUAGGCAUCUUCUUCUUCCCGAUCUAGAAAAGAGCUUCAAGUUGGAGUUAAGUCAAUCUCAAUUUUGUUCCUCUUAAAUCUGUAAAUUUAUUAUAGUCUUUGACUGCAACUCAAAAUUUGUUCUUUAGAUAUGAGUGAAUCCAGUGGAAAAACUGAAUUUUGGGGAUGAUUGUUGAUGAAAGUUCUCAAAUUUGAUGAUACAUUUGUUGAACAACUACCAUUGUGUUGUUAAUUCCCAGCUAUAGAUCUAACUUAGCCUACACAUGAAGUCUCCUUUUUGUAUGGUCCUUUAGGGUUAAUAAUGUCAUACAUAUCAUUUAGAAUAAUUGCAGAGGACCGAUCUAAACUUAUGCAGUUGGGACCACUGAAACCCAUGUGAGAGUCUGGUCCUUAAAGUUUGCAAUUUUUUUGGAUUUUUUUCUAAAUUGGAAGGUUCACAGAGGUCAAUGCUUAGUUUUAGCUAGUGAUAUGAACGAACUCAGGAUCUUAAAUAUGAAAAACUCACAUACAAUGUUACAAUUUUGACAGGUUUUGAAGAAUUACACGGCACACAAAACAGA